UGACCACUCUCCCACUCUGUCUCAUCUUCAGGCUACACUUGUAAUAAAUAGCCGCUCUUUUACCUGAGAACGCCGGUGGAACCGGUCUAUCCAUUUUUGAGCGCUUCAUUGCCCUCGUUUUCCUCUUCUUCACGUCACGUUCACGUCCUUUCUACUCCUGCAUCACGCAACACACACACACACACACACACACACCGACACGCACUCUCUCAAUGAGACCCUCUGGGGCGAAAAACAACUUCCUGCCACCUGGGCUAGUUUCCAAUCUUCAGGAAGUCCUUUCCAGCAGAAAAGGUGGUGCCCAAAAUCAGCCCAACAAUGAAAAUUCCACUGAACCCGCUUCGUCCAGCUCGGUUCCAGAUGAUGCUGGCGAGGUUGACAAUACAAAGCCUGUAAUUCUGGUUACAAAUGGUGAUGGGAUCGAAUCCCCAGGCCUCACCUAUCUUGUUGAUGCUCUCGUUCGUCAAGGCCUCUACAAUGUUCAUGUCUGCGCUCCUCAAUCAGAUAAAUCAACAGCAGGCCACUCUUUUACUCUGAAGGAAACCAUUGCGGUUACUUCGGCUGAGAUUCAUGGUGCUAUUGCUUAUGAAGUUUCUGGGACUCCCGUAGAUUGUGUGUCAUUAGCCUUGUCUGGGGCACUAUUUUCCUGGUCCAAGCCUAUGCUGGUGAUAAGUGGAAUCAACAAGGGAUCAAGUUGUGGCCAUCAUAUGUUUUACUCAGGUGUUGUAGCUGGUGCAAGGGAGUCAUUGUUCAAUGGUGUCCCAUCUUUAUCGAUAUCACUUGACUGGAAGAAUGAUGAAAGUCAAGAAAGUGAUUUCAAGGAUGCUGUAAGUGUUUGUUUACCGUUGAUAAAUGCAGCCAUUAGAGAUAUAGAGAAGGGAGCUUUUCCCAAAUGUUGCUUGCUGCAUGUGGAAGUUCCAAAAUCUCCUCUGACAAACAAGGGGUUUAAAUUGACCAAGCAAAGUCACUGGAGCCCUAAGCUUUGCUGGCAAGCUACUUCAGCAAACAGGAAUCCAGCUGCCGGACGUUUUCUUCCCAAUCAGGAAAGCCUUGGAAUACAGCUCGCGCAACUAGGACGAGAUGCUUCUGCAGCAGGUGCCGCCCGUCGGUUAGCCACUCAGAAAAAGAAUUUAGAGGAGGUUGAAUCUGUUGGUGUAGCAGGGAAAUCUGAUCCCAACCGGAAAGUCAAGUAUUUCAGAUUGGAGUUACUUGAAAAAAAGCAGGAAGAAGAGGAUGAGGAUUUAGAUUAUAGAGCUCUUGAAAAUGGCUUUAUAGCGGUCACUCCAAUCUCUCUUGUGAUGCAUGUGGAAGCAGAUGUCCGUGCAGCUGCUUCAGAGUGGAUUUCUACUGCAUUAGAAGUUCAACAGUGAAAUUCAUCUAGUCACUUGAUCAGUAACUUUUUUGUACAUUUCUAAAUGAAUUUGUUCCAGUCAUAUAUGCAAAAUCCACCUAAGGGUUAUAUUGGCGACACUGUUUAUUUGCUUUUGUCUAUUGCCUCAUCCUUUUGAAUUUUGUAGUGAAGCUAUUCCAUCAGCUUUUGAUUCAGAAGUGCUAAUUUUUUUGCUUGGUACCACGAGGUUGUGUUGUAGGCUGCUUUAUUGACGAACUGUGGUUAGGUUAUUCUCUUCUACCUUGUAAACAGACACAGCCAGAUGAGAUAUAGUGGAAUGCUUUUUAUUACCUGA